UGCAACGUGUGACCUCCCAGGUUUCUAAAACUAAAUAUGACGAUUGAACGCUCCUUGUUGAUAUCUCUGUGACAUAUUUAUAUAUAUAUGUGUGUGUGUAUGUAUAAAUAUGUAUAUAUCGGAGCAGCGUGGGAUCAGAACCGCGGACUUUCUACCUGGAGAUAUCCCACGACAAGCUGCGACUUUCGAAUUGCUCAAGUUUGCAGGACAGCUGGUUUUGAACGCGGCUCAUGGGAUCGGAAUAACGCUAUUUCUAGACAUUUAAAAAGUGAAGCAGUUUCAGUGUGUAGGUGACAGUAAAGCUGCGCAUGCACAAGACUGAUACGCUUUGAAUAAAGCCAAUCUACAAUCCGUGUGUUUACACUGGACAUGCGUAAAUGCAGAACGCCACUGCCUGAAUUCCCUGGUUUGUCUUGUGGUCUGUAACAAAAUAAAGAAGGGAAGAGUAUCGCCAGCCAAGGAAACAAACAUGGAUGAAAAUGCAUCAGAGGACGCUGGAUUAAUCUCUGAUUUAACUUUAUAAUCUCAUUGACUUCUACAACUGAACCUGAGUCAAUACUGUGAAGAGGAACAGUUAAUAGAAAACCACUUGGAGCUGAGAAAGAUUCUUCUGCUGGUCAUCACAAUUAAGAAAAUUUCAGUAUGACUGCCUAAAAAAGCCCCUGGACACUAGGCAAUUAUCUCUGAGCAGAAAUUAUAACUGCAAUUGUUCCUCAUCUUGUUUUGAUGUUGAUCCUUUAACUACGAUGUUUUACCUUCUAAGCAUCAUCAGAAACAGCAGGCACAACCAAGUUUCAGUAAAGACUUUAAUUCGGAUGGCCUCAUGUGGACGUCAGGAAAAAUAAGAAAGAAACAAGAAAACCUUUGUGUCUGUUGUCAUCGUCUUCCUACAUGCAGCUCCCCGCUUAGCUUUAUUGAAAAGGAGGAGCCCAUUAAAGCAUUUGAUAGAUAGAAAAGCUUGGUCUGAAGGUGUGGCUGCCUGCUGGCUGUUGGUUGGAGGUGAGAUGAGAGAAUGCCUAUAUCUCCAGAGCCAAACACAAAUUAGGAUCUGGCUUUCCAGCAGCUGCACGAGAGAAGCCAGUCAAUACUGAAGCCUGUGAUUAAAUCAUCAGGAUCAUCAGUUUUGAACUGAAAUGAUGGAAUUUGAUGUUUAUUGGUUGAUUACAAAAACAGGCAUAUAAAAAGUGGAAUAAACAACAAUAAACUUUUACAGCCACCAAAAAGAGGAUUAAAAAACAAGCUUCAACAUUGGCGCCACAUGGACAUAAAGUUCUAUUCAGUGUAUAUCAUAAACUGAUCCACACAUACAAUUAGAUGAUAAUUAUGAGUCCGGUUUAAACUGUAUAUAAAAAGGUUUAUAGGACUUUUGGUGAGAUGGCGUUGGAUAACAACUCACUGGACUACUUUACCAGUAACUUCACAGAGGUUCCUGACAGCAGUGCAGCUCCACCCUGGAGUAAGGGCACACUCCUCAGCCUCCAGGUCUCCCUGUCUGCACUGUUGGCUGUAGUCACCCUAGCUACUGUGCUUUCAAAUGCCUUUGUUAUUGCAACCAUCUUUCUGACCAGGAAGCUCCACACCCCUGCCAACUUUCUCAUAGGUUCUCUUGCCGUAACAGACCUGCUGGUGUCUAUUUUGGUCAUGCCAAUCAGCAUUGUCUACACUGUCAGCAAAACCUGGUCACUGGGGCAGAUUGUUUGUGACAUAUGGCUGUCAUCUGAUAUCACCUUCUGCACAGCCUCCAUCUUGCACUUGUGUGUGAUUGCACUGGACCGCUACUGGGCCAUCACAGAUGCACUGGAGUAUUCAAAACGUCGCACUAUGCGCCGAGCAGGGAUGAUGGUUGGGGUAGUGUGGGUGAUUUCUAUAUCUAUUUCCAUGCCUCCACUUUUCUGGCGGCAAGCCAAAGCCCACGAGGAGCUGACAGAGUGUGUGGUGAAUACAGAUCAGAUCUCGUACACCAUAUACUCCACCUUCGGCGCCUUCUACGUUCCCUCAGUGCUUCUUAUUAUCCUCUAUGGACGGAUUUAUGUUGCUGCCCGAUCUCGCAUUUUUAAGACCCCAUCGUCAUCUGGGAAGCGCUUCACAACUGCACAGCUCAUCCAGACCUCUGCAGGCUCCUCUCUCUGUUCUCUUAAUUCUUCCUCCCACCAGGACCCACACCUACACUCUGGCAGUGCAGGAGGUGGUGGAGGGGGAGGAUCACCUCUGUUCAUGAACAGUGUGAAAGUGAAGCUGGCAGACAGCGUGCUGGAGAAGAAACGUCUUUGUGCAGCGCGGGAGAGGAAAGCGACUAAGACUCUGGGCAUCAUCCUAGGAGCGUUUAUUGUCUGUUGGCUCCCGUUCUUUGUCGUCACACUUGUCAUGGCCAUAUGUAAAGAAUGCUGGUUUGAUCCUGUUCUCUUUGAUAUAUUUACCUGGUUGGGAUACCUAAACUCUCUUAUCAAUCCUGUCAUAUAUACGGCAUUCAAUGAUGAAUUCAAGCAGGCCUUCCAAAAACUCAUCAAGUGCAGAAGAAACUUCUGAAAGCUUAAAACUGAUUUAAACUGCCAUCUACAGGAAAACAGAAAAUCAACAAAACAAACAAAACAAGAUAAUAUGUGACAAUAAAAGUCCUAAACUUCUGACUGUCUCAUCUUACACUUACUAAAAUGAAUGUAUUUUCAUUCUAUGUGGCAUAGAUCUUCAAACAUCCAUCACCAAGACUUAAGCAUGCAUCCCUAAAGAGUCUUUCACAUGACUUGUAGAACUCAGAGUCACAAAGGACAGUUAAUGUGGGAUGAAGUCUUUUACAUGUCACAACAGCUAUUUCCGUUGUUUAUUGGAUGAAUGCAACAGUUGCAAACAAACAAGAACUUGUGUAACUGUGUUAAAAGAGCAAACUCAGAGUGAUUGAAGUCAAUACUGUGGAAAUGAAAAGCCAUGAACUGAAUGUUUUCAUAAUCUCUAUGUGAUAUGGUAUGUUGCUGCUCCCAUAUGUAUCCAUGGUACAGUUCACUAGAAAGACAACAAACUCUAAAGCAUCUGUUUCCAUUAGAAAUUAUACAUGAGGGAGCUGUGUGUGUGUGUGUGUGUGUGUGUGUGUGUUAGAUAUACUUACUGUAAUAUAUGCUUGUUUUGAGAAAGGAAGGUAGUCAAGUGUUUUACAUUUCUACAUGCUUUUCUCCAGUGAAGCAUUUCUCUUCAUUACAGAAACUGAAAUGGGCAACAAAAUUCUCUUUCUGAAUAUUUAUAUUACACAAUGUCAUAGCAACAACUGCUGUCCCUAAAUUUCUUGCAAGACGAUGUGCUGAAGCUAAUAAGACAAGGCUAAAUAUACUGGGUAUUGAAUGUUAAGUGAGAAUAAUGGGAGAGAUUUAACAUGUUUGUUUGCUUUCUGCUUAUUUUACCUUCAUAUGAGAAAGUGUCAUUGGAACAUGCAUUUGAUUAACAGGGAAUAUACUGAUGAUAAACAUGGAAAUGAAUAUUUCUGGCUGUCUUUAACUGAUUGAGUCAUGAUUUGAUUCAGGAUUGCAGCCUAAUGGCUCUCUGUGGAUGUGUCUCCCAUUCAACUAAAGAUGAGUGGAUGCAAAAGAAACUAAAUAUGUUUAAAUCAAGUAAAGCAAACAAAA